CUUUCGGUGAGCCACCAUCGCUUAAACAGCACUGUUUAUAAAGCGACUUUAGCAUCGUGAAUUAUUUGUUCCCAGUGUUGAGACAGUGAUCAAGAAAGCAACGAACAUGUCGCGCAAUCCAGCUGAGAACCAGCUUAACCUGUUCAAGGAAGCCCAAAAGGUAAGGAAGGUAACGGCUACGACUAGCCAUGGUGCACCGGUUGGCACGAAGUCAGCCGCGCUUACGGUCGGUCCUCGUGGACCGGUCCUGCUCCAGGAUGUCCACCUGAUCGACGAGCUGGCGCACUUUGAUCGCGAGCGCAUUCCGGAGCGCGUAGUGCACGCUAAGGGUGCCGGCGCUUUCGGUUACUUUGAGGUCACCCAUGACGUGACGAAGUACUGCGCCGCCAAAUUUCUGAACACCGUAGGCAAGAAGACGCCUUUGGCGGUCCGUUUCUCCACCGUCGCUGGUGAGACUGGUUCCGCAGAUACGGUGCGUGAUCCUCGCGGUUUCGCCGUCAAGUUCUACACUGAGGAUGGUAUUUGGGAUAUGGUGGGCAACAACACGCCCAUCUUCUUCAUCCGUGACCCGGUCAUGUUCCCGAGCUUCAUCCACACGCAGAAGCGCAACCCAGCGACCCAUCUGAAGGAUCCGGACAUGUUCUGGGACUUCAUCUCGCUCCGCGCCGAGACAAUGCACCAAACGCUGUUCCAUUUCUCGGACCGUGGCAUUCCGGAUGGUUACCGAUUCAUGAACGGCUAUGGUUCGCACACCUACAAGCUUAUCAACGCCGAAGGCAAGCCAGUGUACUGCAAAUUCCACUUCAAGUGUAACCAAGGAAUCAAGAAUAUGGACCCGGCUCGUGCCGAUGAGCUGUCUGGUUCCGAUCCGGACUACGCAAUCCGUGAUCUGUAUAACGCGAUCGCAAAGAAGGACUUCCCAAGCUGGACGCUGAAGAUCCAGGUUAUGACCUUCGAACAGGCCGAAAAGGUUCCGUAUCAUCCGUAUGACCUAACCAAGGUUUGGCCGCAGGCUGAUUUCCCGCUCAUCCCAGUCGGUCGCAUGGUGCUCGACCGCAAUCCGGCCAACUACUUCGCCGAGGUGGAACAAGCCGGAUACUCGCCGUCGCAUUUGGUGCCUGGAAUUGAACCGUCCCCGGACAAGAUGUUGCAGGCGCGUCUCUUCGCGUACGAUGACACUCACCGUCAUCGCAUCGGUGCAAACUAUUUGAUGAUUCCUGUCAAUUGCCCGUACAAGGUGGGAACUCGUGUGGCCAACUAUCAGCGCGACGGACCGAUGAAUUCCACCGACAACCAGGCCGGUGCUCCGAACUACUUCCCGAACUCGUUCAGCGGACCUCAGCCGUGUCCUCGUGCGCAUAAGCUACAAAAUUCCGAGCUGAAGGUGUCGUCCGAUGUGUACCGCUACGAGUCGGGUGAUGAGGACAAUUACACCCAAGCGACCGCAUUCUAUCGCCGCGUGCUGGAUGACGCUGGCCGCAAACGGCUGGUCAACAAUAUUGUUGUGCACCUGAAAAAUGCCUCGCCGCAUCUGCAGGAGCGUGCGGUCAAGAGCUUUGCCUUGGUGGACAGUGAUCUCGGACGUCAGCUUACUGAGGGCCUGAAACUGCAUCGCACUGCCAGCCUUUAAAGAGACCAACCAAGCACGAUCAAUUGGACUGUUGCGCUCAGACAGACGACCUUACCCCGUGAAGUGUGGAGAUAUUUAGUCUAGAACGCAUCGCCUACAUGGCAACAGUUUGCAAAAUGGUUGAUUUUCUAUACACGCUAGAACACGAGACGGAACGCUAUAUUAUGCUUUAUUUUCAAUACGGGUACUAAAUAAUCUAUUGAUGAAACAAUAUACACAAUACUGGUCAAUUGGUGCAUAAUUAGAAAAAAACCGACGAUUUAUUUCGCUUUUGGGGUUAAAAUAUCACUGCAUGCGAAAGCUACUUGCCGUUUGGAUGCAACGUUCAACAAUACGUUUCGAUAUUGCGGUGCAUUCAAUUGCAAACAAACUGUUUCGCCCAAAUUUGCUUUGAAGAUUCACAUCUUGCACCAUGUACUCCGUAUGCAUCCUCGCUCUUCCAUCUUGCUCUUGAAUGGGACAUAUGAUAUGUGUCCUUGAGUUGCCAAAAUCCAAGAAGCGAAAAUAAGUCAUCCGAUACAUUGAUUGCAAUUGAGCAGAAAGAAAGUGAAAACAACACCAUCAUUUUUGCAAUCGAAUAAGCUGAACGACUUCAUGUUGUGUCGCAAUCACAAAUAUUUUAAGCCUCUAACGUUGCAUUUAUUAGAUUUGACGAUAAAAAAUUGUUUUACGUUAAAAAAUUGUUGUUAUUUAUAUAAGCAUA